AUGAUGUCCUCCGACAACACACCGCCAGGGAAGCCUCCGCCCGGCACAAAAGGCGGUGAGAGCCUAGCAGCAGGAGGAGGUGGAGGAGGAGGAGCAAGCAGCCGGGCGAAGCCCACGUCAUCAUCAUCCUCAGGAGCAAAGCAGCAGCAUCCGCCACCGGAGCAAUCCCUCAAGUGCCCGAGAUGCGACUCGCCCAACACCAAAUUCUGCUACUACAACAACUACAGCCUCACGCAGCCACGUCACUUCUGCAAGACCUGCCGGAGAUACUGGACCAAAGGCGGCGCCUUACGCAAUGUCCCCAUCGGCGGAGGCUGCCGGAAGAACAAGAGAGUGCGGUCGUCGUCCUCGAAUUCCAGGCUCUCCUGCAGCCUCGACUCGAAAGAUUCCGCGGGCUCUUCCUCCUCGGAGAAUAUGAUGCUGGGCGGCUUAAAGUUCUUCCAUGGCAUUUCUCCUCCCAUGGAUUUUCAGCUCGGCGGCCUAUCAUCUUUGCCUAGCAGGCUCCACCAUAACCCUUCAUCUGGAAUCAGUUAUAAUAACAACAACAACCAGUUUUCGGCUUUUGGAGACGUUUCGGGUACUUCUGGAUUGACUAUAAGCACUCCUCUUGACACAUCAGCCUCUUGUAAUUCUUUUCUGGGUUUCAAUUAUCCUCUCACUUUGGGCGGCGGAGGGGGCGGUGGAGCAGGCGGUGGCGGUGAUGGGUUUAGUGCUACUCAGAAUAUGAUGAGCUCUAUGAAUGUUCAUAGUAGCCUUGCGUCGUCGAUUGAGUCUUUGAGCUCCAUUAACCAAGACCUUCACUGGAAAUUGCAACAGCAGAGGCUGGCCAUGUUGUUUGGGAGUGGCAAUGAUCAUGAUCAGUCAACUCAGACAACGCAGUCUCAGCUAGAACAGCAGCAGAAAACGCAGCAGAUUGCACCCAUAAGCUUGUUUCAGAAUCUGGAGGUUUCAUCAAAAGCUGAUCAUCAGCAUCAACAUCAAGUUGUUGGCACUCAUGGAAGAAGAGAAGGUGCAAGUGCGAGCGGAGAUACAGCGACGGAGUGGUUCUUUGGGAAUUCAUAUGCGCCGCCAGUGACUCCGACUCCAACCAACAGCGGAGGUGGAAACGGUGGUGGCGGCGGCAAUGAAAACACAAGCAACUGGCAGCAUGGAAUUCAAGCGUGGAGUAGCCAUGAUUUGCAGCAAUAUAAUGCUUUGCCCUAG